AACAUCUUCCUCACAAAACCCACACGUCCAAAUCACAACCUACGCACACACAAAACACAUGAAGCUCGCAGUCGCACUCUUUUUUUCUGGUUAAUUCAGCUACCAUCUAUAUAAAUCUGAAAGAGUGAUUGAAACCCACAUCGAAAAAUCUUUCCUUUAUUUUGUUUUCCGGCGAAUCUCCGGGAAACUGAUUAUCGGUAAUCACGGCUGUACACGGGAUAAAGUCACGGCCUUUGAGCUUUCAUGUCCAACGGAAGGGUUUUUUAAUCGUAACUAAUCCUUUGCCGCACGGAGGACGUGGAGCUCUGCCGUCUGAAGGCGGCAGUCCUUCCGAUCUCCUCUUCCUUGCCGGAGGCGGGUUCUUACAGUCAUCACUAACACUAACCCUCUUUACCUUUUUCUAAUUAGGUUCUUUAGUUCUUAAUCCUGUAUUAAAUCUGUUAUCUACGAGAUUCGAAAUUUUCUGAGAAUGUUGCUGAAGAUCAAGAGAGUUCCAACGGUUGUGUCGAAUUAUCAGAAAGAUGAGACGGUGGAAGAAGGUGGAUGUGGUCGCAAUUGCUUGAGAAAGUGUUGUAUCAAUGGGGCAAGACUUCCUUUGUAUACCUGCAAUAAUCUUGAUAAAUCUGUCAAAGAUAAGUCAGAAUCUCCGGUGACGUUCCUCGAAUCGGUUGUUCUUGGAGAGUGGGAAGAUCGUUUUCAAAGAGGACUUUUUCGCUACGAUGUCACUGCCUGCGAAACCAAGGUUAUACCAGGGAAGUGUGGUUUCAUUGCGCAGCUAAACGAAGGUCGUCAUCUCAAGAAGAGACCAACCGAAUUCCGUGUUGAUAAAGUUCUUCAACCAUUUGACGGAAACAAAUUCAAUUUCACUAAAGUUGGUCAAGAAGAGUUGCUUUUUCAGUUUGAAGCUCGUAGUGAUGACGAUGAUAGCGGAAUCCAGUUCUUCCCGAGUAUACCACUAGAUGCAGAUAAUUCUCCAAGCGUCGUUGCAAUCAAUGUGAGUCCAAUUGAGUAUGGGCAUGUACUACUGAUUCCCCGUGUUCUUGAGUGCUUGCCUCAAAGGAUUGAUCACAAAAGCCUGUUGCUUGCUCUUCAAAUGGCUACUGAAGCUGCUAAUCCGUAUUUCCGACUUGGAUACAACAGUUUAGGCGCCUUUGCUACCAUCAACCAUCUUCACUUUCAGGCUUACUAUCUGGCAAUGCAAUUCCCGAUCGAGAAAGCUUCUUCCUUGAAGAUCACUAGCACCAAGGAUGGCGUCAAAAUCUCAAAACUGUUGAAUUACCCUGUGAGAGGUCUUCUCUUUGAAGGGGGAAACUCCAUUAAAGAUCUCUCUGAUACUGUAUCAGAUGCAUCCGUUUGUCUUCAGAACAACAAUAUUCCUUUCAAUAUUCUCAUCUCUGAUUCUGGAAGACAGAUCUUCCUUCUCCCUCAGUGCUACGCAGAGAAGCAAGCUUUAGGGGAAGUCUGCUCUAAGUUACUGGAUACGCAAGUGAAUCCAGCGGUUUGGGAGAUGAGUGGACACAUGGUGUUGAAGAGGAAAGAAGACUAUGAAGAAGCUUCAGAAGAGAAAGCGUGGAGGCUUCUAGCUGAAGUUUCUUUAUCAGAAGAGAGAUUCAAGGAAGUUAACACUAUGAUCUUUGAGGCAAUCGGUGUAAGUGGGCAUGAAGAAGCUGAAGAAGAAGAAGAGCAGACUUCGAUGAAUAGUGGAUUCAUAAGAGUGCAUUGUCCUUCAGUGAAAGAAGAGGCUGUAUUUAAUUGUGGCGCUUUUUAACUAAGCAAAAAAAAUCAAAACUAUGUUCGUAAUUUUCAUAACUUGUGUUUGACAUUUAUGAUUUGUUGGUUAAUGAUGUUUUAUUUACUCUUUUC